AACCCCCCGCCCCCCCGGGCCCGCCUCUCGGUGCUCGGCGCGUUGGUGCUGACCUUGCUCGGCUGUCUGGUGGCAGCGACCUUCGCCUGGAACGCGCUGGUACUGGCGACAAUUGCGCAUGUGCGCACCUUCCACCGCGCUCCGUACAACCUGGUGGUGUCCAUGGCCGUCUCGGACGUGCUGGUGGCCACGCUGGUCAUGCCGCUGAGCCUGGCCUACGCCGUGGUCUCCACGCUGAGCGCCUUCUACCUGCCGCUCGGCGUGGUGCUGUUCGUGUACUGCCGGAUCUACAGGGCGGCCCGGCUGCGGCUGGGCUUCCGGAGGAGCAACAGCGUGCAUCCUGCGCCGAAGGCCGUGCAGAGGGUCCCUGCUCAGGAGCCCCAGAUGCUGUUCACCGCCCGCCACAGCACCGUCACCUGCCAGGCAGAGGGAGACACGUGGAGGGAGCAGAAGGAGCAGCGAGCCGCCGUGAUGGUGGGCACUCUCAUCGGGGUGUUUGCCAUCUGCUGGAUCCCCUUCUUCACCACGGAGCUCGUCAGCCCCCUCUGCGCCUGCGACCCCCCUGCCCUCUGGAAGAGCAUCUUCCUUUGGCUCGGCUACUCCAACUCCUUCUUCAACCCCCUGAUCUACACGGCCUUCAACAGGAGCUACAGCAAUGCCGUCAGGAGCUUCUUCUGUCGGCAGCACUGAGUCCCAGGACCUGGGAUUAAAAAGGGCUAAUUCCAUAACUCAGUGAAAUCUUCAGUGUGGCCUGCGUCCCCAUCCCCGCCGGCAGCACACAGCCUAGACCUGCCCCUCAGUUCUCCCGUGGCCUUCAAAGCCCCCUUCUCCAUCCCAGCCAGGAAGGUGGCCUCCGGGCCGAUGUGGUGACCUCUUUUUCUCAUUGAUCUACUCUUUCUCAUUCUGCACCUAAUAGCUACUUUGCCCACUAAGUGCCCUUUCCUCUCCCAAAUCCAGCAUGGCCGUCAUCCUCAUGCCUGAGAAGUCAAACAUGGCAUAUGCAAGGGAGGAAAUAAAAUAAUAUGGGCAGGUUGAGAAGGAAUUUGAAAAAUGAGUAAGAAGUUAUAAAGGGACUUGGGCGGGGAGGGUGGGGGUUAGAAACCAUCAUUCCAAGUAUGAAAUGGUCCCUAUUUCAAAUUUUUCUUUCCAUGGUCCUGAUGGUGCACCCUAAUAUUUAUUGUGUGUCCCAAUAUUUGACUGCAAAAUACUGCCUCUAACCAUAAUAA